AAUUGAAAUUCAUCCCUGUCAUGUGCAAGCGCAAGCUUACUCAGUGGCUUUGACUCGUCUAGAUUAGUUACACUUACACCGACGCUGAUUACCAAAAGCUACAGACACACGCUUACUUUCUCAGCUCAUCUCACUGAUUCUUCUUUUUACUUGCUACUCUCCCUCGCAUUUUACCGCGACCGCCACUAGCGGCACGUUAUCAAUUAUCAUCGGUAAAUCCCGCCGGCGAUGACCCCCGGAAAACUCCUACAACAAGCAGCAGCACCACAAUUCAUGUUUUCACUAAAAGGCUCACUUCUCAUUCUAGCAGUCUUAACCCUAAUUUCCUUCGUUUACCUAUCCGUCAAUUAUCUCCACUCUGAAUCUCCUCCAGGAGUCAUCAACUCUAUUGUACAUGCAGAUGAUACAGAUGAUGUAAUGUCGGAUCUAUAUCAUUCGGCGAGGAUAUUCAAAUUGAACUAUGAGGAAAUGGAGAGGAAUUUCAAGGUUUACAUAUAUCCAGAUGGAGAUCCAAACACUUUUUAUCAAACACCUAGGAAAUUGACUGGUAAAUAUGCUAGUGAGGGUUACUUUUUCCAGAAUAUUCGUGAAAGUAAGUUUCGAACUAACGAUCCAGAUCAGGCUCAUCUCUUCUUUAUUCCCAUCUCUUGCCAUAAGAUGCGUGGAAAGGGCACCUCUUAUGAGAAUAUGACCAUAAUUGUUCAGAAUUAUGUUGAGAGCUUAGCAGUCAAGUAUCCCUAUUGGAACAGAACAUUGGGUGCAGAUCACUUCUUCGUUACCUGUCAUGACGUUGGUGUAAGGGCAACUGAAGGAGUUCCAUUUCUUGUGAAGAAUGCAAUUCGAGUUGUGUGCUCCCCAAGUUAUGAUGUUGGAUUCAUUCCUCACAAAGAUGUUGCUCUUCCUCAAGUCUUACAGCCAUUUGCCCUCCCAGCUGGAGGAAAUGAUUUAGAGAACAGGACAACGCUUGGUUUUUGGGCUGGUCAUAGAAACUCCAAAAUUAGAGUCAUUUUGGCACGGGUUUGGGAGAAUGAUACGGAACUUGAUAUUUCAAACAACAGAAUAAAUAGGGCUACUGGACAUCUAGUCUAUCAAAAGAGAUUUUACAGGACUAAGUUCUGCAUAUGCCCUGGUGGUUCUCAGGUCAACAGUGCUCGCAUAGCUGAUUCAAUCCAUUAUGGAUGUGUUCCAGUAAUAUUAUCCGACUACUAUGACCUGCCAUUCAAUGACAUUCUUGAUUGGAAAAGAUUCUCUGUCAUACUUAAGGAGAAAGAUGUAUACCGGCUCAAGCAAGUUCUCAAGGACAUAUCUGAUGAUGAAUUUGUUGCACUACAUGAGAAUUUAGUUGAGGUUCAGAAGCACUUCCAAUGGAAUUCACCUCCAAUCAAAUACGAUGCGUUCCAUAUGGUCAUGUUUGAUCUUUGGUUGCGCCACCAUGUUAUCAAAUACUAACCAGGCAAAACCAUAGGAGCAAGCCUGCUCAAUAGCUGCCAUGCUACCACUGAGGACUUCACCAACAAUUCACUGCCAAUAUUGGAAACAUGAUGGUGAGUACUGUCAAGAUCAAAAGUAAAAAAGAAAGAAUCAUCAGUACAACAUUAGUAGGAAGUUCAAAGUUCAAACAGAAUGACAAGAGUAAGGAAUAGCUUGCUCGCAGGCAAAUGGGUCGUGAACGGCAGAGUGAAGAAGCUCCGGUGAGGAAAGUUGAUAUUCCACCAGCGGCAGGGUCAAUGGAUGGUGACAGAAUAAAGAAGAGAGGAGGAUAACAUAUGGUAGAAUGAGAGAAAUUGACGGGCAAUUUAGAAAAUAGUGUAUUCCUCUAAGAAGAUAAUAGCUUUUUUUGUUUUUUUUUUUUUUUUUGGAGAACGAUAACAGUUGUCAUUUACAGGAAUAAAUUCAUACAUUUUUAUAUAAAAUUAAUAUCACAAUAUCAAUGAUAGAAAAUAUAAUAAUAAAAAAGGAAAAGAAAAUUGAACAAAGAUCUUCAAUCACGUUAAUAUAGUUUCAAAAUAUUCUUUUGUUAUAUCCGAUGAUUUUUCUGUCUUGUAUUAUGGUCGAAUUUUUACUUAAAUUAUCUAAAUUCUAUUAAGGAAGAAAACAAAACUCCUAUAAAAAAAAUAAAAGAUGACGAAACUCCCAUAAAGAAAGAAAAUAGACAUAAAAACACGCACUUAAUAAAAAAUAAAAUAAACAUUAUAAUAAUAAAAUAUAAGAACUAAAUCAAAUUUAAAAAAAUUAAAAUUAAAAAUAAAAACUAAAGACACAAAUAAAAGAGAAGGAUAGCUCUCGGUCAAAAAUCGAUCACUAUUCCUUAAACUUCUUUCUCCUUUUAAAAAAAAGAGAAUAAUACUUUUUCCUUUUCUCUUCAAUAACUCAUAGGAAGAAUUUUAACCGCUACAAAAGAUUUUAACCCUUAUAACUAUCCACUAAU